CCGGCGCCGGGCGCGCGGGAGGUAUUGUCCGUCGCCCUGGGCUUUGUUAACGUCGUCGCCAGCUCCCCCGGCCCGAGCGCGUCCUGGCCGCUGCAGCUCUGAGCGGGUGCCCGCCGCCGCCGCCGCCGCCGCCAUGGUGUCCCCUGUCACUGUGGUGAAGAGUGAGGGACCCAAGCUGGUGCCCUUCUUCAAGGCCACCUGCGUGUAUUUUGUGCUCUGGCUGCCCUCAUCCAGCCCGUCGUGGGUCAGCGCCCUCAUCAAGUGCCUGCCCAUCUUCUGCCUCUGGCUCUUCCUUCUGGCCCAUGGCCUAGGAUUCCUGCUGGCCCAUCCCAGUGCCACCCGCAUCUUUGUGGGGCUCGUCUUCUCUGCUGUAGGUGAUGCCUUCCUCAUCUGGCAGGACCAGGGCUACUUUGUGCACGGUCUGCUGAUGUUUGCUGUGACCCACAUGCUCUACGCCUCGGCCUUUGGCAUGCGGCCAUUGGCUCUUCGGACAGGUCUGGUGAUGGCAGUGCUGUCAGGCCUGUACUACGCCCUCCUCUACCCGGGCCUCUCAGGUGCCUUCACCUACCUGGUGGGGGUCUAUGUGGCCAUUAUCACCUUCAUGGUCUGGCGUGCUGUGGCAGGGCUGCAGCUGGUUGGGGCAGCCUGGCGCUGGACUGAGCUGGCGGCAGGCAGUGGUGCAGUGCUCUUUAUGGUCUCAGACAUGACCAUCGGCAUCGACAAGUUUUGCUUCCCUGUGCCCUACUCGCGGGCGCUCAUCAUGUCCACCUACUACGCUGCCCAGAUGCUCAUCGCCCUGUCAGCUGUCGAGAGCCGGGAGCCAGUGGAAGACUACAGACUGAGCAAGGCCAACUGAGGGGGCCAGGGUCUGGUCACCCCUCUCUCCUCCUGCGGCUGGGGUCCAGAACCUGGGAACCUGCAAGAGCUGGAUCAGGAUGGCUGCAGGACCAGCCUGGGGCAGCAGGUGCCACUUGGGAAAUGUGCAGGUUUGAGGGGGUAAACAGGAAAAGGAUCUCCCUAGCAGAGCUUAGUGGUCCAGGCAAUGCUGAGAGCUAAAAGGAGCCAGCCUGAUGCUCCUUGCUGGAGCCAGAAGCAGACGUCUCCCCACCUCUACCCCAUCGGGACUGUCAGAGCCCCUCUGGAGGGCAAUGGUGCUCAGCUUCUUGACCUCCCCCCACUUCUACUAGGUGGAAGAGUCUGACUCACCCAUUCCCAUUCUUUCUGAUCUGCACAGAGUUGAGGGAAGAGGGGAGAAGUCUGUGCUGAAAUGACCCAGGCCCAGCGCUUGAAGCCCCUUUCUCGGGCCUCUCGUUGGGAAGAUUGGAUUAAGGCGGAGUCUUCCUUUCCCUCGUCUAUCCUUGUUACUUGAACAAUCUCAGUCUCUAAGUGGUGGGUGGGAAGGGGUGUCUGUCCAGGUAGCAAGGUUGGGGACUUCUUUGGCCUGAGAGCUUGGGGUACCAAGGAUUCAAGUUGGUCUCCUCUGUCUCAAAGGCCAGCCCAGAGCUCAGGCCCCACACCACCACCUUCAGACCCUAUCCCCAGGGUUAGGGUGAACCAUGCCAAAGGAAGGGGCCAGCUAUGUGUGUGUGUAGUCUGUCUCUCAGCCCAUCUAUGUCUUUCUCUGCCAUAUGUCUCUGUCCUGCUGUCUAUUCAAGUCUUAUAGGGGGAGGGCCUCAGGGAGCUGCUGAGGGGGUGCUGAGCCUGGCUCAGAGAGCUGGGAACCCCCCGAUGUCCCCCACCCCCUCCACUCUCAGUGCUUUCCUGCCUGCCCCUCCUGCACUGGGAGCAAGAGGAGGGGGCUGUAGGGUCCUAAGACCCGAGGCACAUUCAAUGCAAGAGGAGCAAGGAUGGGAUGACUCUAUCCUUUACUGCUCAUAUAAAAAUAAAAAUAAAAAUAAAAGGCCA